ACACCUAAUAUAUAGGUUCGACGCCUACUGGUAGGAUUUUAUUUCGUGUGCAGACGUUCAGUAUGUUUACAUGACAUCGGGCUGCGUUGGUGCAUUGCUGUCGUUACUGAAAACAGUGAAAAUACUGAAAACCGAAAACGGUUCUUAUCAUUUUCGAACAACUUAACUGUAUCACAGAAUAUAACAUGUGUACCACGCACAGAUACAUAAAACAACAAUAUAUCUGUGGUACCGCGUCUACGGCUUCCCGAUUGCGUCCUUUGCAUGAAAGAUAAUAAAGGAGAUACAAAUGUAUUAUCUGAUAUUUUAUUAAAUCGUGAUAAGGACGUAUUCAAUUUUAAAAUUAUUUAAUUAUUAAUUAUUAUUUGAAAGUGAUCACAUUGAAAAGAGAUAAAACUGAUCCCAAGAUUAUUAUUAAUUUACUAUAGUGUUGUGUAUUGUAGCUACUGUUUAAACUGGUCGAUGAAGUUACUGUUACGUUAAACCAUGUUGGCCUAAAUAUAUGGCAUAAUUCGAAUUUAGAUGGGAUAUUAUAACAACUUUGUGUCAAUUGUUUCGCUUAAAUUGUUUAGUUUAUAGUGUUUUGUAUAUUCUAAAUUUAAUUGAAAAUGGAAGUAUUCGAAAUGUUUAGUGAAAAAGAUAAACCAAUAUUAGUAAUAUUUAAUUUUAAAUUUCGCUUUCAUAAAAAGCUAGCAAAUAACGUUGAAAAGUGGUGUUGUUCAAAAAAAUAUUGUAAAAGUUUUUUUAAACGUUAUAACAAAGAAAUUUUAAUAAAAGAAAGUAAAUGUGAGGUUCAUGAUCAUAAUCAUGAAGCUGAUACUGAACCUAUAUUGAAACGACAAAAAAUAUGUAAUGGUAUCAAACGAAUGGCUACUGAAAAUAUUUGUGAAAAACCAUCAAAAUUAAUCCAGGCAUUUAAAGAAAGUGGUAAGUUAAUUGUUACAAAUAUACUUGGUAAUUUUAUAUAGAUUAAAUUGUGUACUAUAUAUAGCUAAUAGGUACAUAUAUUAACAGGAGUUGAAAAUUUAACUGAAUCAGAUAUGAGCUGUAUUCGAAGAGGAAUUUCUAAUGCCCGUAAAAAAAUGAUUUCAUCUAAACCAACCAAUAUACAUGAAGUACAUGACCUUUUAAGGUGUGUUGAUGUCGAAAUAAUUGAAGGUGAACAAUUUUUAUUAAUUAAUCAUAAUAUUAUGGAUUUUAUGUACCAUUUUGCUGUAAAACAAAUAUUAACAUAAUUUAAUAUUUAUUUUUCUAAUUUUUGUCACUGGGACAUUUUGGUGUUGUGCUAAAUACUUUUAUCAAUUUUUUACAAUACAAAUAUAAUUAAUAAUGAUUAUUCAAUUUGAUUUAAGUGCAAUGAAAAGAUUUAGACAACCAAUCAAAUAGAUUUUAAGCCUCAUGUAAUUUGUAUUGAUUUUAAAACAUCUAUAUAUAAGGCAAUUUUAGGUAGUUUUUACGGGUAUAGGCGUAUUGCUAAGUAUUCUAUAGCAACCCCUAUGUAUUGCAAAUACUUUAUUAAUUGAAAUACAAAUUUCUUAUUAUGAUAAGAUAAGAAAAAUGUUCAUUAUUUAAAAGCUUUGUUAAUGUAAUAGUAACAGUGUAAAUAACUAUACUCAAUAGAUAAGUCAUAAAAAAAAAAAAAAUGUUUUUAUAAUAUUAUGUAGUAUAUCAAAAAAAAAAAUAUAAAUAUUUUGGAAAUCGAGAAAUUUUGAAAUCUAACAUAUGUAAAAACCCAAUUUAAUUAAUGCUAUAAACCAUCACUAACAAAAAAUGAUUUUAAGUAAAGUAUUAUUAAUUGUAUUUUUAUCUUGUUACCAAGGUAAACUAAAAAUCAACAUAAAUAAUAUGAAUAAUUGUUAUUUAUUAACUAGCUUUUUCCAUUUGUUUAGAAAACUAUAAAUGAAAUGACCACCUAAUGCACCAAUUAGAUCAAAAAUGCUAUAAAAAAGUUCUUAUAAAGUUGUUGAACAAAAUUUGUAGUAGAAAAGUUGUUUUUACAUAAAUUAAAACAUAUAGUUAAUCAAGACAUGUUUCACUCAGAAUUUACUAUUAUAAUUAAUUUAGUAACUAAUUGUUUAUGAUAUUCAUAAGUGAGUUUGUGAACCAGCAUAUGUUAGGACACAAUUAAGUAUACCUAUAUUUGGUUUGCAAUCAAGUUAACUAAAUUCGGCAAUAAUCCAACAAAACUGAAUAUAAAGUAAUCUCUGUCUAUUAUUAUUAUUUUCGUAUGAUCUUAACUAAUGAAAAUACUAUAAUAAUAUAUUAUUUAAAGGGUAGAACAAUGUGUAUAAUGUAUAAUGUAUAUCAAUCAUCAUUAAGUCUAUUAUAUCUUUAUACAUGUCAAACCUGACCUUAGUCAGUUGGAUAUAUCUUAGCAUCAAUUUUAUGAAAAAUAUGCUUACAUUAAUUUGUACAGUAUUUCAAAAUAAAAUUAAUUGUAUUCUACUUGAAUAUCUAAAAGUGAAUUUGAAUGAUUUUUGGAAAUUUGAGUUAAAAGCUCUGAAAAGUCAUACAUAUCCAUUAUCCAAUUUAAACUUGAACAUGAAGCAAUAUUAAUAGUUAAGUUUUAUAACACGCAAUAGUUAUGAACAAAAUCAGAACUAAAUAUCCGGGUAAUUAUUAUUUUUGUAAGAUAUUAUAUUCCAUAUUAAAUAUUUUGAAUCUUCUUGCAUAAAUAUAUUACAUUAAAUGAUUAAAUAAACUACUAUAAGGAUAUUGUAAAAAUUAACCAAAAAUAGCUGAUAAUGGAGACGGGUGCACCACUGUUGUAAGUGGGAAGUUAGGAAGGUAGGAUACAUAAAGUAACUUAGUGUAUAUCUGUAUGCAAAGAUAAACCAUUACUAACAAAAAACGAUUUGCAGCAAAGUUUCUUAAGACAUGAAAUGCCGUAAUUUUCAAGGUUUUUCGUCGAAAUUUGAUCUUAAAAUGAUUAUAAUUACAAAGCUAAUAUAUUAACUCAAAUUUUUUUUUUAAGUCACUAAGUACAACUUUUAAUGUAUCAUGUGUUAAAUUUCCAAGCAUUUUUCUUUAAUUGUAUAAUUUGAAUAACAGAUAAACCAGGUAUACCUACCAAAUAAAAAUAAACAUAAAAACACGAAAAUAUCAAUUAUCUAGAAUAGGUAGAAUGAUAGAUUAAAUUGAAUGUUUUAAACAUUUUCAAAAAGUUCAAUAGGUAUACAUUUUUUGUGAAAACUAUAGAUCUCUAAAAUAAUUUUCGACUGAAGAACAAUAAAAUACCGAAAUGCCAUACACUGCUGUAUUUCCUAUAUUUUUCCCGGUUUUUCAUAAUUAUACAGAACGUUAAAAAAAUGACUCUUAUUCACAAGCAUUAAUGUAUUCGUAUUUGAGAUUGUUAUAGGUAUAUUAUGUGAUUAGUUUCUAAGAAAAAUUUGGCAUUUUUGGUGAAGUAAUUCACUUUCUAUUACUUUGUUAAAGCUCUUAUAUUGUGUACUUUCAAAUAUUCGUUGAUAACAUUUUUGUAACCAAAGUCUAAAUGUUUUAUUUCCAUAAAUUCUACUUUGGUAAUUUUCUUGACAUUCAACGGUAUAAGAAAUUCGUAUUUUGUUUUAGUUGAUUAAUAUCACAGCUUGCUGAUUGUUGGUGACCUAAAACUAACCAAACCAGUUUUGGUUUCAUAAGUAAAAAACUACUCUAGUGACAAAGUUUUAAAUCUAUUUUGAAUACUAAGACCAUUUCAUCUACUUUACCAUACCUAUUAUUUUUAAAAUUAUGUUACAUAUUGAAAGAAAUAUUUUCAAACACUGAUUGCUAAAGAUUUAUAAAAUAAAUUUUCUAGUUAGAUACAAUUAAGUAGGUUUAGUUGAAAAAUAUUAGUAAACUGCCUACUGUGAGUUCAAUAAAAUAAUUUAAGGGAAAUGACUUCUCACUUAAAUCUCCAAACAGUUAAAAAAUUUGGACCCAUUUGGGAAUCGAUCUGUCAAUAUUAAUAAGUUCUGAAAUAUUGUUGAAAAUGUGGUAUGGCAAUGCAAAUAUUAUUGACAUAGGUGUGUAUAAUAUAAUAUUAGAAUAUAUAGAUAAUAUUAAUGUAUAUUAGAAUAAGUUUUUUAUAUUGGGUAUUUCAUAGUAAUAAAUAAUAAUGCAUAUGUGUAAAUUAUAUAUUGACUGAGCUGACUAUGUAGACUGUUAGACAGAUAAUAAUUAUUGUUCAAUGACAACGAAAGUGGGCGUAAUAAUAUUGAUAAGCCGAUUUAAACUUUUUUAAACGCAAAGUGCCAAUGUCCAGAAUACAUAAUUUGUAUACCAAGUAAAAUACCAUUGUAAUAUUAUGUAAAAAACAGAAAUAACCAAAAUAUUAAAUUAUAAUGAUACGUUAUAAGGAUUUGUAUUUAUGACGUUAAUCAUUUUUUCACUGUUACCGAUAAUCAUACCUGAAUACAGUGAAUCUGACAUACCUUGUAACACAGUUUGCAAAAAUAUCUUGUGCAUUAUGGCAUUAAAAAAUUUAAUUAAAUUAGUUCAAUGUUACAAUGAUAAGAAAUCUAAUUACUCUACAACAAAUCUUACAUAUGUUUUGUUGCAAUAUUUAUUUUUAAUAAAUAAUAUAAUAAUAUAAAUUUAUAGAUUUAUAAUAAUAUAAAUCAACAACUCAUAUUAUUCAUCACUAAUGAAUAUUAGGACUUUGAAUUUGUUGUGGUUGUAUGUUUAGCUUAUUGUAAGACAUAGGAUUCUUAGUGCAGAUUAAACUAAGUUAUAAAACUUUCAUUUUAAUUUUUUUGAAAUUUUAAGUUAUUGAUUUCUUUAUUUUCCUAAUUCUUUUAACAGCAAUUUUUGGUAUUUUUUAACAAUUUUCAUUGUUUUUUUAUGUUCAUAGAUACAUAUUUAUUGAUUUAAAAUAUUUCAUAUUAUUUAUACCUAUUAAUAUGAAGUGGUAUCAACGAGAUAAAUUAAUCAUUUGUCAUAAGUAGAGUCUGGAACUUAUUGCAUUUGAAAUCUACAAAAAGAAAAAGCAUUUAAAUAAUAUUUAAAAUAGCCAAAAGAAACCAGUGAAAAGUUAUUUUUUUUUUUCAAAAUUAUCGAAAUAAGAAAAAGAAGUAAUUUUAAAUGCCCGGUAUCAACCAACACGAUGAAAGUAUCUAAAAUUGAAAAAAAAAAAAAUCAAACAAAUACAAGUUUUAUAAUGUACCUAAUACAUAUAUGAAAUUAUUUAAAUAUCAUAAAGUAAUACUUUUGGUUUUUUUCAAUUGCUUAUGUAGUCUUAGAAUAGAAAAUAUGAAAAAGAACUAAUGAAAAAAGUACUUUACAAUUUUAUACUUGAGUUAGUUAUAGCAUAACACCAAUUUUCAUAGCACUCUGCCAGAUUUAAUGUCAAUUUAAAAAAUAAGCAAAUGCUAAAAAUCCGGAACCUUGAUCAUUCGAUAUAAUAGUUAAUUAUAUUUUCAAAAAAAAGUAUUUUACUGUAUUUCAAUUAGUUUUUUGAAAUUUUAAAUGCAUUGUUGAAUUUAUUAUUGCUUUUUUCUUUUGAAGUUUCUAGUUUUUGUGAGUUACGUUAUUGGAGGUUUUAAAUUUUAAUUAUUUAACAACACUUUUCAUAAGUUAUAACAAUAAUUAAAUAUUUCUUUGUUGGUAUUGUUUGUCAUUUGGCAGCUAGGUAUUUGUUUUUAAAUUGAUAUUUAAAAUGGGUUGGUAUUCUUAAUUCUAAGAGUACCUAUAUAUUUUUUUUAUUAUUAUUAUGUUGAAUGUUUUUAUUUUUUCAUUAAAUUUCUUUUUAAUAAUUAAUUAAAUAUAUUAUUAUUUUUAUUUAUUUAAUUUAACUACCACUUUUGUUAAAAAACACGUAACUAUCUAAUCAAUACUUGUUCACACUUUUAGAUAUUAUGUAAGAAGUCUGGAGCCUAAUGGUGUAUUAUAUUAAUAUGAAAAUAAUAUUUUGUAAAAUGUAGAUAUUAUAUUAAAUCAGUACCUAUAUAGUACAUCAAAUUAGAAUAUAAUAUAAUAAAAGUAUGGUUUAUGAACAGGUUUAGUGAUUUAUAGAAUAAAAUGUAAGUAGAAUUAAAAUAUAUAGUAUGAAGAUAAUAUAAUAUAUUAUUAGGAGGUAGGUAUACAAAAUUAUAUAUGUGUUCUGUUAAACCAACAAUAGUUGUAAGUACCACACAUUUUAUACACUUAACAUGGAUAGUCAUAUUUUAUAGUUUUAUUUUUAAAAAAAUAAUUUCUUCAACACCCAAGUAUGUAUUCUAAUAUCAUUUCCAUUUCCAUAAUUUUUCAGGUACCUAUAUUUAAAACUCACUUUCAUGUUAUUUUCCUGUUGACUUAUUUUGAAUUAUUUUAAGUUUGUUUACCAAUUGUUGUAUUUCAAAAUUAAUCCAUUUAAAAACCAUUAUUUUUUCAAAUUUUUCUUCAAUUAUUUUUUCUUGGAAUCAUAUUUUAUACUCAUAAGUACCCAUUUGAAAGAUUCAAAUUCUCUUCAUACCUACUUAAAAAUUAUUGAUUAGUAUAAUCUCAAUAUUAUCAUGUUAUUCCUAUCUGUAUAUUAUUUUCAUAUUUUUUCUAUAGAUAGGUAUAUUAUAUAUUCUUAAUCGGUAGUGGGUGGGUAGAUACUUGAUGUAUUUUAUAACCUAUAUUCGUUGUCUAUACAUAUAAAAAAAAUAUAUUAUAGGUAUUAUUAUAUUUUUGUUGACUGUGAAAAAAUUGGUAAUUAAGAUACCUACAUUUUUUUAUUCAAUAUAAAAUAAAAACGUUUAGGUAGUUGUAAAUAUUUUGUAUCUUGUGCCCAUAUAGUUUUUUUUUUUAUUAUUAUAUUUCCGAUAAGAAACUGUAAACUCUGAACGAUAGAUUUUGAGUGCUUUGGUUGUGCCAUUUUUCGUUGCGGUUUCGGUAUGUUUCUCUUUUAAAGUAUCUCUCGCUUUGAGAAAAAAAAAUUACGCAAACAAAACAAAAAUUGAUAUAACGAGACUUCUUCGGAUCCUCUUUGGUUUGGAAAAUAUAUUAUUAUUAUAGGUACUUGUACGAGAAACGUAAAUGAAAAAAAUACAAAAAUUUCGAAGAAUAUCACCGCGUUCUUCGCGUUAUUAAUAUCCGUUUUAAAUUGUUAUUUCCAUCGUUGAUAUAAUAUAAGGUCCUUUACUUAAAAAUAAAUUGAAUUCAUUUUUAUUUAUUCGACUCGUCGGUCGCGAUAAAUUGACGUACGGAAAAGUGUACUUGUGUAUUUUUCGAGUAGGGUAUAAUAUAAUAUAUCAUUAUUAUUAUAUUUUUCUAGUAAAUGGAACACGCGUUAAUAAUUUAUUUAACAUUCUAUUUACUAUUUAGUAUUUUUACCAACUUCAGAGUUGAGAGUUGGUAAGUAGAUGGUGUCAGUGAAUUUCAGUGACACUCUUUUGUGAGUCUGCGCGCGCACGCAUUGCCUACACACACACACAUAGGUCAUACACACACAUACAAUCAGCUGAGUCAGUGUAAUGUUUUCACUACGCCGCCGCGUGACCGUAUAAUAUCGAUAGUGUUGUUUUUUUUUUUUUUUUUUUUUUUUUGUUUUUUCGAUAUCGUUUGUUUACAAAGUGUAAAACGUUAAAACUAUUGCAGCAUUUCGGUCGUUCUGGAAUGUAUUUGAACGUUCAAUGACAUAAUCAAACCGUUGAUUGUUACCUAUUAUAUUAUUCGCGAUAACGUUAUUUUAUUAUAUUAUUGUUAUUACAAUUAACAAACGCGUAUGCUUAUGACGUUUAAUGAACGAUACUAGUAUUUUUUUUAACGGUUUGAACAUCGAUAGUUGUCGAGCAUGACCCAAAAAUCGAUAUUAUAGUCCACCAGAAUAAUAGUAACAUCGCAUUCGCCGCGCACAGUCUAUUAAGUACGAGCAGGAAAUCAAUACUUUCCACCUACACCUACCGUCCGGGCGGUCUUGUGUUUCGAGGCGUUUUUUUUAUCGUACAAUUUGUACAUAAUAUUGUAUAAUAAGAAUAAUUGAAGUCUGUAAGUUGACAGGUCAAUUUAAAAAUUACCUACUUAUGUGACCAGCUUGUGGCUUAUUCAAUUUAUUGUUUUUUAUUUCGUUUGAUGCUUGUUUAAAGUUUUAAUUAAUUUAUCGCGACACUGCUUCAUUAUUUCCCAUAUAGUUUACUACCAUAUUGCGUAUCGCUUGCUUAUUUUUUUUUUUAUUAUUUUUUUUUUCUUUUUUUUUAGUCCGAACUGUCCACUAUGUUUGUUUGAGUAAACCAUAAAAAGGACUGUCAUUCGUAGGUGUGAACAAUGUCUACCAAACAGACACCAUCCAUCAUCGGCAAAAUCUUCAGAGCCUAUGAAAAGCCAUCCAGUCAUAAUUAUUGUGUUGUGCUGGAGAAUCGUUAUCACGAUGAUGUGUUGCUGUUUGAGAACAAUACUCUGUGCACAGCAACGGGAAGUGAAUUUGAUUCAUUCAAACGACAAUGUGUGAAAAUAGUAGAUGCCUAUGGAUGCCUCGGUGUUUUGAAUGUAAAUAUUGACAAUAAAUUAGCACUAUUUUUAGUAUUAGUGACUGGCUGUCAAUCUGUUGGCAAGAUUUCUGAUGCAGAGAUAUUCAAAGUUACUCAGACUACAUUUGUUUCAUUGCGUAAACAACAAAGUGAUGAUUACGCAUCUGAAGUGCGAAAGCUCCUUAACAGUGGUAGUUUUUAUUUUUCAAGAUUUGUAUCACAAGAUUUUCGUUUCGAUUUAACUUUGUGUGCUCAAAGGCAAUGGAAUAACUGUGUUCCUGAUAAUCGUUUCUUUUGGAACCGCAAUUUGCAUGUGUAUUUUAUUCGCUUUGGAAUUAACACCACUCAAUGGUUGAUGAAAAUUAUUUGUGGCAGUAUUGAGAUAAAAACUGUUUAUGCUCGAUCCAAGCAAGCUAGGAUUGCUAUAAUAUCAAGAUUGAGUUGUAGAAGAGCUGGAACUAGGUUUAAUGUUCGUGGUUGUAAUGACGAUGGCUAUGUUGCCAAUUUUGUUGAAACUGAACAAGUCAUCUAUUUGGAUGAUGCAGUUACUUCUUUUGUUCAAAUUAGAGGUAGUGUACCUUUGUUUUGGGAACAGCCAGGAAUGAAUGUCGGAGCACAUAAAGUAAAAUUAUCAAGAAGCAUAGAAUCUUCAGCAGAUGUUUAUGAAAAGCAUGUUAAGUCAUUGAAAGAUUGUUAUGGUAAUAUAAUUUUUGUUAAUUUAUUGGGUGGAGCGAAUGCAAAUAGUAAAGAAAACGAGUCAGCUUUGAGCUAUGCAUUUGAACAAAAACAUUCCACUUCAACAUUUUCUUUCAUACCAUUUGUUGCAUUUGAUUAUCAUCAAGAAUUUAAAAGUAAUGGAGAAAAAAGUUUACAAAAACUCAAAAAUAUAGUUAAUCCAUAUUUAGAUUCAUUUGGUUUGUUUUAUGCCAAAGGUAAUUCCGUUGUUAAACAUCAAACAGGUUCCAUGAGAAUAAAUUGUACAGAUUGUUUAGAUCGUACUAAUUGUAUUCAAAAGUUUUUCGCAUUAGAUAUAUUGGCCAAACAACUUGAAUUUCUCUGUCAGAAUGAGACUGACCAAAUAAUAUCACGAUUUGAAGAAGUUUUUCAACAGCUUUGGGUAAAUAACGGUAAUGAGAUAAGUAGAAUAUACGCAGGUACUGGUGCUAUACAAGGUGGCUCUAAAUUAUUAGAUGGGGCACGAUCAGCAGCCAGAACUAUUCAAAAUAAUCUUUUGGAUUCGAGUAAGCAAGAAGGAUUUGAUAUAUUACUAUCAGGAAACGCUUUAAACAACGAUUUAUCAUCAAAAGCUAAAUCAUUGUUACCGUAUAAUACCUGGCAAUGUCAUCCAGAUUUGGUUGACGAAUUGUGUAAAAAAUACAAAUUGUAUACUUACAAAAGUAGUUUACGAAUUGCUGUCGCAACAUACAAUGUAAAUGGAGGUAAACAUUUCUUAAACUUCGAUUCCAAUAACUUAGAAUCAUUAUCGACAUGGCUUUUGGAUCCUUAUAAAGUUUCCUUAUUUGAUUCAUCAAGAGAGUUCUUCCUAACUGACAAUAAUAAUCUUCCUGACAUUUAUGCAAUUGGGUUUGAAGAAAUUGUUGACUUAAACGCAGGCAAUAUAAUGGCUGCUAGUUCAGAUAAUGCAGAUUCGUGGACUAAGAGUCUUAAAAACAUUUUGUCUUCUAAACGAGAUUAUGUUCUACUUACUAGUACACAACUGGUCGGUGUUUGCCUCUUUUUGUUUAUAAAGCCAGAAUUGUUACCUUAUAUUAAAGAUGUUACUACCGACUCUGUUAAAACAGGAAUGGGUGGUACAACUGGUAAUAAAGGUGCAGUAAUGAUAAGAUUCACAUUAGAAGCCACUAACCUUUGUUUUAUUUGCUCUCACUUUGCUGCUGGGCAAUCCCAGGUCACUGAUCGUAAUGCAGACUUCAAUGAAAUAACGAAAAAAUUAAAAAUACCAAUCCAAUCAAACGAUUAUGUAUACUGGUGUGGAGAUUUUAAUUAUCGGGUUGAUAUGGAUCGCUUGGAUCUUAUAAAUCAUGUACUAGAUGGAGACUUGGAGGAAGUUUUAAAAUACGAUCAACUUUUGGCUCAAUGCAGGGAUAAAAAAGUAUUUGAACAUUUCAUUGAAGCACCUAUAACAUUUCCUCCUACCUAUAAAUAUGACAUACUAUCAGAUGAGUAUGACUCGAGUGAUAAGUGCCGCACGCCUGCUUGGACUGAUCGUGUACUUUGGUACUGUAAUGAAAACAACAAUUGGCCAUAUGGUAAACAAGUAUUCUAUGGACGUGCUGAAAUUAAAGAGAGUGAUCACAGACCUGUAAUGGCGUGUUAUGAAAUUGAUAUGCUGUGUGUAGAUCAAAAUAAACGAGAGCGAGAAUUAAACAUAGCAUGGAAUGAAUACGGACCUGUUGAUGGAGUGGUUUUUGUUAAUAUUGAAAACACUGAGUUUCCUUUGAAUGAUGAAACAUUCAAAAGUAUAAUGCUUCAAGGUUUAGGUUCUUUUGGUAAAAUUUUAAAUGUCAGAUAUUUCACUGAUCACGCAGAAAUUACAUAUGAAAAUGGUCGCUCAGCUGCUAAUGCUUUAAAAAUAAAACAAAUUUCUAUCAACAACUAUACUCUAAUAUUAACUGCAAAAGAUAAUAAUAAUUGGGCGUCAGCAAUAAAAAAAGAAAUAGAAACAAUCACAAACAACAUUGUACCUUUAUGGACGGACAAGCUGAGACCUGCUCCGAUGAGACCACCAUUACCCAUGAGAUCUGAUCAAAGCCCAAACUCUGAUGGAAUGCCUAACUAUCCACCACCAUCAAAUGUUCCUUUACCACCGUUACCCCCGAGACAAAGAUUGCCUCCACCUCUUCCCCCUAGAAAUGCUUAAUGCCUUUUUUAUUAUUCUCUCGAGUUAACCAGUCCAAUAUUAUAAUAAUAUUAUUAAGCUCUAUAUUAAAGAAUUAUUUACCUAUUGUAUUCAUUAUAUUAAAUAAAAUGAACUUUAUACGCAAAAAAAAAAAAAAAUAAAAAAAAUAAGUUAGAUAGUAGCUAUUGUUAUUUAUGCUAAUGAACUUCUUUAAUGUUACUAAGUAACUUAUAUUAACUAUUAGAUAUUUCAUUUAAUGUGUUAUUUAAUGUAUAAAUUUAACAAAUAAAUACUACAUUACAAUUAAGUUAUUAAUUAUUUAUACUUGAUAAUUAAGGUUUUUGUUGUAUUUUUUGUCGUAUUAUUUAUUUUGCAUUUGAAUUAUAGUUCCUGAAAUUUGUGUUUGCAUGUUAUUAUUUCUGUUAUUUUUUCAAUAUAGUAUUAUUAUUUUAUUACUUCUGACUUUCAUUUUAAACACAAUGCUGGUACACACGAAUAAACCUUACUUAUUUAUAGUAUAUUAUGUUUUAUUUAAUAACAAGAACCAUGAUGUUAAAUAAAUGGAUGCAAAACUUGGACCCGUACUCUCAAGAAUUGUAUUUAUGUAAUUUUCGGGUGUCCGUUGAGGGCGAAUGGUUAUGUUUACGUGAAAUAACUGAUGAUCCGUUAUCUGAUAUUUUUCCACCACAAUGUAUCACUUCUCCAGAUCUGCCAUUUUUACUGGGUACUUAAUUAUAGUAUUUAAACUGACUUAUUUAUUUACUAAUCAUUUUUUUUUUCCAUGAUACCAAUAUUACAUUUUAUAUCAAAAUUAUAUUAUUAUAAUUGUUAAAUUUAGAUCGCGAUCCCGUUUUGAUAGAAAGACGUAACCUGGUCAACAUAUCUAAACUGAUUGUUAAAGAACUAAUUGAAAAUUCGCUGAAAAAUGGACGUAUGCUAGAUUCAGAUCAUGCACCUUUACAACAUUUUUUUAUUGUCUUAGAACAUGUCCUCAGACAUGGUUUACGACCUAAAAAAGGACUGUUGGGCCCAAAAAAAGAGUUGUGGGAUAUAUUGCAGAUUGUUGAAAAGCUAACACAGGAUGCUAAAGAAUUAACAAAUAGUAUUAGAGACUUACCUACUGUCAAGUAAAUUUAAUUAAUUGUAAUAUUUGAAUUUUUUUAAACUAUUUACCUUUUCAGAACUCAAAUGGGUAGAGCAAGAGCUUGGUUGAGAGUAGCCUUAAUGCAAAAAAAAUUAGCUGAUUAUUUAAAAAUUUUAGUUGAUAAUCGUGAUGAAGAACUAGUUGAUUAUUUUGAGCCAGAUGCUUUAAUGAUGAGUGACGAAGCAAUAGUUAUUGUCGGUUUAAUGGUCGGUCUUAAUGUGAUUGAUUGCAAUUUGUGUAUUAAGGCAAGAUUAAUAAUAUUAAGCAAUUUUUUUUAUCAAUUUGUUCACAUUUAUGUUUGUUAUAGGAAGAAGAUUUAGAUUCUCAACAAGGUGUUAUUGAUUUUUCAUUAUACCUGCGUUCUAGUCACCAUCCUAAUCAUCAUUUACAAGGCACUGUCAGUUGUCCAGAUAGCCCUUUAGGUCUAGAGUCUGAAAAUAUGAAUGUAGUACUUGAUCAAAAAAAUUAUAUUGAAGAGCUUAAUUGUCACCUUAAGUAUGUCUAUAACUAUUAAAAUUGAUCAAAUAACCAUCAUAAUAAUUUUCAGGGCAACAGUUGCAAAUUUAGAGUCGAAAGUUGAAACUCUCACUACAUCAAAUACUUUAAUUAAAGAAGAGCUUGAUAUGGCUAAAACCAGUUUGGCAACAUUAAAAGAAGAAAAUCAAUUUCUCAAAAAUCAGUUAAUCAAACAAGAAGAAUCUAAAGAAGUAUUUUUUUAGUUUUAAUGAAUUAUUUUUAAUAAUAAAUUAUAAUUUAGUGCUAUGCUAUCAUUAUUACUUUAUAGUCAGAACCUGUAAUUAUUGAUAUUCCUGCUGGAGAUACAGAUGCACUUAAACAAUUUGCAGAAAAUGAAAAAAAACAACGAAUUGAAGCUGAAAAAGAACUGCAUUUACAAGUAUGUUUCAUGAUUUAAGAAAUUUAAAAAAAAAAUGCACUUACAUUUUUUUACUUAGAUGAGCUUAAAAGCUGAAAUGGAAGUUGCAAUGAAACUUUUAGAAAAAGAAAGUCGAGAAAAACAAGAAAAUAUUGUUUCUCUUCGAAAACAAUUAGAUGAUAUCAAAACAAUAAACUUGGAAAUGUAUAAAAAGUUACAGGUGAGACUAUAUAACAAAACCGAAUGUAUAUAUUAUCAUAAUUUUUCUUUGCUAAUAUUUGUAUAUAUUUAAUUAUGGUUAAUAAUGGUGAAUUUGGUUAAUUAAAAUGUUACACAAUAUGAUUUACAAUGUUGGGUUGAGUGCUGAUCAGGAAUGUGAAGAUGAUUUGACCAGAAAAGCUGAAAUGGUGUCCCGACUACAGAAAAAAACUGAACAGAUUGGUUGUUUGCUGAGCAAUUUACAGUUCCACGAUGCACAGCAAUUAAGAAUGAGAAACAAUGCGAGCAUGAGAAAUUCUAAUUCAGACACUAGAUUGGCUUCUCGUCCAGAUCGUUCGCAUCAUCGACAGUCUUAUACUCCUGUUUUAUUGGAUAAUGCACCUAGCCCCGAACCAUUAACUGAUCCUGAACAAUCAAAUAAUCUUUAAAUUUAAUAGAAAUACAUACUUUUAGUUGAAAUGCCAAAUUUAGGGGGAAUAAGAUUAUUAUAAAUGUUAGGUUAAUUUUCUUCGCGUUUCUUUAUAUAAACUAGUAAAGAUUUAAUUACAGGAGAAUGAGAGUUCGCUUAAACACAAGUCAGAGUUUGUUUCUAAAUUGGAAUCAAAAAAUAUAACACUAACGGAGGCUUUGAAAAAAACUGAAGAAGUGUAUGUAUUUUUAAUUCCAUAUUCUUUUCCCUUUGAAAAGUAUAUGCAUCUAAAUAUAUCCAAUGUUCAAGUUAAUUUUCAAAAUAUUUUGAUUGCUUUUUUUGGUAAAAUAAUUUUGUGAAAAACAAAAUAUCGCUUAGGAUUUUUUUUUGCAAUUAAAUGUAUUUGGGUGCAUAAAUUUGAUUACAUAACAAUAAUUAAUAAUUUUUAAAAAAAAUGAUGCGAGCUAUGGACUGGUUAAAUGUGUUAACGUCUAUACUAUUUUUCCUAUUACAUUAUUGAUAUUUGUAUUUACAAUUAUUCUGUUGUAGUUUAUUAAUAUCAUUUAAUUUAUAAAAUAUAAAUGUUUAUACAUAUAUUAUUCUAUAUCCACUUAUUUACUUCAUCUUUCACUAUGACUAAUGUAAACUAAACAAUACUCAUUUUGUUUAGUACUUAUACUUUUUUUCUUUGUACCGUU